UACCUGUUCCUCCAGAACUGAUGCGAGCGCGUGUUAGUGAGCACAUGCCACGUUGAGAGAAGAGCCAAGUCUGAACUGAAACUGUCUUUUCAGGUAGCAGAGGCUCGCGAGGACCAUUAAUAAUCAAAACCACCUCUAACAAAAAGAAAAAAACCUCUACCAAGUGGUUUAUUACGCACCUCUGAAACAAAUUGAGGACCUGAGAGUCGCGAGGAUGCACUUGUUGUCCGCCAGCUGCGUGUCUGCCCUCCUCGUCUCCGCUUUCCUCUGCCAAGUCAGCGGUUUUGAGACUGUUAUCGGCCUGUACGGGGAGACACUUGAGAUCCCAUGCAACAAUGGAGCCGUAAAAGAUGAAGACGUCCUGCUCCUUAAAUGGAAAUAUGACAAAGGACAGGGAGUUUCAGGAGACCUGCUGGUCAAACAGAAAAACCAGAAUGUCUCAAUCAGCGCCACUGAUGAAUAUAAGGGCCGUGUGAGCCUGGCUGCAAGCUCCAGCCUGCUGCUCUCUGCGGCCACGCUGAGUGACCAGCGCACUUUCACCUGCAUGGUGGUCGCUUCUGCAGACAUCUCAGAGUACCCUGUUACUGUGGUGAUCAACAAGAUGCCGACAGAAGUGGAGAUUCAUGACAAAGCAGAGGAGCUUGAGAUUGGAAAACUUACUAAGCUGGGCACUUGUGUCGCAAAAGAUGCAAACCCAGCAGUAAAUAUCACAUGGUUAAAGAACAACAAACCCCUGGUGGCUGAUGAGGAAGGGGUUUCCAUCCAGGCCUCGUUGCUUGUAGACCCUGCUACUGGCCUUGUGACUACCACCUCCAUUCUGGAGUACUCGGCUAAAAAGGAGGACACGGACGCCCAGUUCAGCUGCAGCACUCAGCAAAUUGCGGGCACAGAGCUGGUGUCCUCUCCCGUGACCUUCAGUAUAACCUUCUCCACAGAGAACAUCGCACUUAAGGUCAUUGCUCAGGACCCUUUGGUGGAAGGAGACAAUGUGACUCUGAAGUGUGAGGCUGACGGUAACCCAGCGCCUACCAGCUUUAACUUCCAUCUUAAGGGCGAAGCGGUGAAAGUGGAAAACACAGACAGUUACACCAUCAUGAAAGUCUCACGCAACUCCUCUGGUGAAUAUAAAUGCUCUCUUGUUGACGACCCAACAAUGGAAGCAACUGUGGACAUCACAGUACAAUACCUGGACAUCAAUUUAAGCCCCUCUGGAGAUAUCGUCAGGAGUGCUGGUGGGACCUUGGAUCUUAAUCUUAAGAUUGAUGCUUCUGGAGACACAAAGGUCUCCUGGACAAAGGACAAUGUGAAACUUGACAAAGAGCCAAAGUUUAGCAAGGUGAAUUACGCACACUCUGGUCGUUACGAGUGUGAGGUGACAUUGGGUCUGCUCAGCCGAAAGGUUUCUUUUGAGCUGGCUGUUGAAGGUGCUCCAGUUAUCAAACAUCUGACCAAACGGCGCAGGGAUGAUGGCAAAUACAAAGUCCUGAUGUGUGAGGCUGAAGGUUCACCAAAGCCAGCUGUUUCCUGGAGCAUCAACGGCACCUCGCCCAGUGAGAGUGACUAUGUCAACGGAAAGAUCACACACACGAUCCAAGUGGUGCCCCAUGCAAACCUGACUGUUUCUUGCACUGUAUCCAACGAGUUUGGCGUGGAUACCAAAGCUAUAAAUGUGUCAUCUUUAAAUGAGGAGGUGAGAAUGGAUAAACAAGACUCUUCAGACGACGGCGACCAAACAAAGCUGGUGGUUGGAGUUGUAGUUGGUCUUCUGGUUGCCGCCAUUGUUUUAGGCCUGGCGUACUGGGUCUACACCAAGAAAUCCAAGCAAGGAAGCUGGAAGACCGGUGAAAAGGAGGACGGGUCUUCCGAGGAGGAGAAAAAACUGGAGGAGAAAGUUGAAGAAAAUAACCAAAAAGCUGAGGUGUAAAGAAACAGCAACCAUCCUUAGGGAAUGUGAAAGUGAAAACAUGGAACUUUUGCACAUUUCUCUUCACCUCUGUCUUUAGGGGGGGAAAAAAAAUUGAGUGUACAUUGGGAUGAAGACGGUUUGGAUUUGGUUUCAGGGAGAAUUUUACUAAAAAAAGCAUAUCCAAACAAACCCCCCGAACCCCUUAAACCCACCAUUCCUUAAAAAAGAAAACUGAAUGGAUACUGUACGUUAAAUACAUAAUUUGUCUGCACUACUGAUACAUGUGUAAACCUGUCAACUAUUAGGAUUCAUGUUUGUUAUAAUGGAAUUUGGGAAACUGCUGGCUUUUGUUGAUUUAAUUAGUUGAUGAAAGUAAAUACUACUAGACCAGUUGCCUUUGCUGUAAGGACGUGUAGGCUGCCAUUAGUCUGUGCUUGACUCUUUAACAUCCCCACUUUUACAUUUUAGUCUAAACAACCUCUGCCUUCAACAUCACUGUACUGAACCUGUUCAUUUUGUCAUAUUGUUCAUUUAGGUGUAAAAAUCACGUUGAUAUUGAGAUGAAAUUCCUGAAAGGGCUAAGGGUAUAUUGUGAUACUCAGCGUUAGUUGAUAGACGGUUGUAUGAUUUACAUGAUGCAUUGCAGGAAGUAGCUGAUGUGCCACAGAGUUCUUUGGUGUUACAUGAUUUUUGUUUUUUUUGUUUUUCGUUCAUCAUGUGUGCGUCCUUUUCUUCAAAGUAACGAGGAGAGGAGAAUUCUGUUUUCAAAUGUACUGUACAUUCAACAUAACCACUGUAUAACACAAGCAGGUAGAUUAUUAAGAGAAUGUAAAGCAUAGCUCAUUUUACUGUCUGACAUAAAGACAUUCUUUCUCAUGCUUCUUUUAAAUGCUUAAGGAUUCUUUUUUUUUUUUAUCGUGAAUUCUCCACCAGUGUUGAGGUAUGAUUGUUUAAUGUGAAGUUUAUUGUGAAUACAUUUUUUUUUUGUAAUACAACUCAAAGAGAGGGCGAGGUGUCCCGUCUCUAAGUAGCCGUUAUAUGUUUGCCUUCUUUUGAAAAUCUACCUGGACUUCCGUUUUUUUGAUGUGCACUAGCAUUCAUGUUUUCAUGUCAGGUUUGUGUAGAAUACAAUGGAAUACAAGCAGCUGUACAUGUCACAUUGUUGGUCCUUUAGGAGCAUUUACAACAUUUGGAAAAAUGGAUCAAUACCAGGAUGUCAUUGUGAAGUUUGUGAUUUUAUUUUUCUCUUUUAGCUAUUUAUAUUGUGCAAGAUAAAAAAAAAAAAAAAAAACAUCCUGGUAGGCAAAAUUCUAUCAUCAUAACUUGGAUUUAAAUUGUUGGUUAAUUGCUUGCAGACUUUGCAAACUAGAAAUAAGUUGUGAGUCAUGAGUAGGUUGCUCGGCGUCUGGUUGAAUAUAGAUUCAGCAUGUGAUCAUUUCAGACCUCCAAGCUGCUGUUUGUUGCCUACAUUGUUGAAAACCAUCAAAUUGGAAGAAUGACCAAAGAACGUGAACAUUGCCAUGCAAGUAUUGUAAAUACCUGAUGUUUGUUUUUGUACUUUUGUUUAAAAUAAAGUGUACAUUUGGAAAAGA